CAGCUGGCAGGUUGGUUGUUGAAAGUCAAUAAACUUGACAAAUUUAGUAUUUUAACUUUUUAAAUCUUGAUAAAGUAUGUUCAUUAGGAUUACUAAAAUAUUUGUUGUAAGAAAAUGUUGAAGCAUGAAAUAUACAAGCCCGGCACAUUUCUAUAUUUCGCAUACGGCAGCAAUAUGUUUUCAUUUAGAAUACAUAUUAAUAACCCGAGCGCCAAAUUUGUUUCCAUAGGGCGUUUGGAUAAUUAUAGAUUAGAUUUCACAAGAUAUUCGAAUUUUUGGGGCGGACCAACUGCAACUCUGGUGCCUACGGCCAAUGCGCACGUUUGGGGCGUUAUCUGGAGGUUAGGAGUUGAACAUGUCGCUACACUUGAUGAACAAGAAGGCGUGGAUAGAAAAAAUUACUAUCCAACUCAUGUACAAGUCUUGACGCCCUAUAUGGGUUAUUUUAAGUGUCGUGUAUACAUACACAAGGAUAAUCCGUUACCAAGAGGCGACAACGACAUAAUACCAGUAGGAAGAUGGCCGUCUUGGACUUACAAAGAAAUAAUAAUACUUGGUGCAAUGGAGCAUAAGCUUCCCGAUUAUUAUAUCCAAGGCUUGGAAAGAUUUAAAGACAAUGGUGAAAAAGGGUGUUUAAAGAUGUAUACUCUUCUGUUGAAAUAUGCCAUCGAAAAACCUUGCGUUUGUAAUGUACCUAAGAAAAAGGAGAAACCUCAAAUUUGGGUUUCCGAGGCACUAAGGAAUAAAAUCGAGGCACUAAAGAAAUAA